AUGCCAAAACAGCAACGAAGCAAACUCUCAGGUCGUCGAGCUCACCGAAAGUCAAGAAACGGCUGCAGGGAAUGCAAAAACCGAUAUAUAAAAUGCGACGAAACACAGCCGGAAUGCCGGAACUGCGUCAUAAGCGGCCUGAUUUGUCCAUACCUUACGACGACGCCUUCGACCCCAAACGCAACCGACGCCGCAUCUACUCCUACCAACGUCCUUGAAAGCAAUCUUCUGGCGGCUCCUAGAGAGACAGAUGAUGUUACACCACAUUCUGGGCCGAAUUUUACGGUAACCCACAUGGUAUUCCUUCACUAUGCUAUGAUGAACAUGUCAGACUUCAUGGCUCUUCAGUCAAUAGCUCAGCCCAUUAUCGAUGUUGCCCUGGAGAAUUCAUCCAAGGCCCCUUAUCUCCUGGAUCAAGUCCUCGCGCUUUCGGCGCUUCAUCUGUCAACUCAGGAUGUGGUACAAGCAUCGUCGUUCCGUCGACAAGCCACUGAGCUACAGACACGAGCGCUAGGCCUAUUCAACCAAGCCAAAGAUCAGAUAUCCGAAGACACUUACGUGCCGACUUUUCUUUUUGCCUCACUGCUUGGACUUCAUGUCCUUCACGAGACACUCUGUCAGCGUCAUGAUACUCUCGCUGAGUUUGUUGAAGAUUUUGUUAGUUACCUUCGUCUUCAUAGGGGGGUACGGGCCAUCACCGCGAAGUACUGGCACAACAUCCUGCACUCCGACUUGCAACCACUCAUGCAUACGAAAGUCGUAUCCGAGAAAACAGAGGAGGAGGCUUCAGGGGAAGACACAAGACAUCUGAGGGAAUUCCUCAAGUCAUCCUCAACGUCGUCUACCUCUACUGAAGCUUGUCUCUCGGCACUUGACCGGAUUCAAUGGGUACUGGACAUAACGAAACAAGAGCCAUCCAGAUCUGAUGUUGGCCCUCACGCGGUCAUGACCUGGCCCUUGGUUAUUCCUGACGAGUACAUCGAGGCCCUAUAUGAGCAUAGACCGGAAGCUCUUGUCGUUCUAGCAUUCUAUGGGGCUAUAUUACACCGUCAUCGAGAAUUUUGGAUAUUUGGUCAUUCUGGCUCAUUCUUGAUCUACCUAGUGGCCAGGACAGUUGGCUCGUUUUGGCAGUAUGCUUUAGCUUGGCCAUUACAGUCUCUUGGAGAUGUUUGAGUACAUAGAUAUAAUAUAAGUCUUCUAGUAAUACCU